GCUACUUCACUUCCACUCCGUUAUCUUCACUCAGCUGUGAUAAUCCGCCUCCUCACAGCAGCGCCCGUCUCCGUUAUCAGUGUGCUUUAAACGGUAUUCUACUCCAGACGCGUUAUAGUGGCAAAGGAGGAGUAAGUGUUGUGGAAUUUAGUGUAAAAGUUGUAUGUCGUUUCUUCAUGGCGCCGGGUGAAGAGUUAGGUUAGUUAGUUUUCCAGUGCAACCGAAUUUUGCUUCCCUCAGUGUCACCAGUGCGCUCAGGGGAGCUUAAACAUGGAUGACGGGUCGCGGUGAUGCUCUGAGGAGUUAAAGGCCCUGUCUGUCUGUCUGUCUGACUGACCUGCUGCCUCUUUGUUAGCAUUCAUGCAUUUGAUCCCCAGGCUCUGGAGACGUGACUUACCCUUAUCAGAGAGGUUUGGCGAGGCCUCAGUAGCCACAAUGGUUCCAGGAUCUCCAGCUACAGUGUCCCCUGCUGGACCCAACAUCUCAUGGCUCCCUGAGGCUCCACUGCUCACUCUUGAUCAGCCAAUCUUUCUCAUGACCGUCACAGCACAGGCUGUAUCUGGCUUCUUUGUGUGGACGGCAUUGUUGUUUACCUGCCACCAGAUCUACAUGCACUUGCGUUAUUACAGUUCUCCAAAUGAGCAGAGACAUAUAGUACGCAUCCUCUUCAUCGUUCCCAUCUAUGCUUUUGAUUCAUGGCUCAGCCUUCUGUUCUUCACCAACGAUCAGUACUACGUCUAUUUCGACACAGUCCGAGACUGCUAUGAAGCAUUUGUGAUCUACAACUUUCUGAGCCUUUGUUACGAGUACCUGGGAGGUGAAAGUGCCAUCAUGUCUGAGAUCAGAGGGAAGCCCAUCGAGUCCAGCUGUGUUUAUGGGACUUGCUGCCUUUGGGGCAAAACCUAUUCUAUUGGCUUUCUCAGAUUCUGUAAGCAGGCAACACUCCAGUUCUGUGUGGUGAAGCCGCUGAUGGCGGUGGUCACUGUCAUCUUACAGGCUUUUGGAAAAUAUCGUGAUGGAGACUUCAAUGUGGCCAGCGGGUAUCUCUACGUGACCAUCAUCUACAAUGUCUCCGUCAGCCUGUCCCUGUACGCUCUUUUCCUCUUCUACUUUGCCACCCGAGACCUGCUCAGCCCCUACAGCCCUGUGCUCAAAUUUUUCAUGGUUAAAUCGGUGAUCUUUCUUUCCUUUUGGCAAGGUAUGCUGCUGGCCAUCCUUGAGAAAUGCGGCGCGAUUCCAAAGAUCAGCUCUGCCGAGGUGUCUGUUGGUGAGGGCACUGUAGCAGCUGGUUAUCAGAACUUCAUCAUCUGCAUUGAGAUGUUCUUUGCUGCCGUGGCCCUGCGCCAUGCGUUCACAUACAAAGUGUACAUGGACAAGAGGCUGGACUCGCAUGGUCGCUCCGCUCCGAUGAAAAGCAUCUCGAGCAGUCUGAAGGAGACCAUAAACCCUGGGGACAUGGUCCAGGAUGCCAUUCACAACUUCUCUCCAGCUUAUCAGCAGUAUACUCAGCAGUCCACUCUGGAACAAGGGGUCAAAGCACCACCCCUGUCCCGUAGCCAUAGCUGUAUGAGCGCGCGGGACACGGAGAAAACCCUCCUGCUCAGCUCGGAUGAUGAGUUUUAGCCACAGUGUAGGCUCCCGCAAGCAUCCAAAUAUAUAUGUAGGUACUUUUCUGUCUCUUGGGUAGAUUGUAUGCUGCAAUGACGUACUGGUAGUUGAGCCGUUUAUCUUGGACACAUCAUUACAGGACCAUGUGACAUCUAGUCCAACGAUUUACAUGUUGGAGUAUUAUAAGUAUCGCUGCUUAUUGUUUCAUUGUUCUUGACGUGGUGAAACAAAUACUUUUCAAGGAAGCCUUUUGGUAUGUUCAGCCUCCUAUGUGGUUUAUUUUAAGAAUAACUUUUUUUUUCGGUGAUUAGGAAAUAUUUAGUUGUCUUAAUUCGUGCUUAUCAGCGUUUUUACACAUUUAUACUUGAAUUCAUUUGGGUUGUUUGGUUUUUUGGUUUUUUUUUUUUUUUUUCUGAAGGCAGUGACAGAAUUUUAAACUUGGCAUACUGAAUUUGAGGAUUUGUAAUCCAAGUCAGGUAUUAGCGUGAUGGUCAUCAAAAAGAGUUUGAGGUUUGUCUUUGUUUCAGCUCUGUAUAAGAUGGUCAGUGUUUACAGUUGAUGUAAAAGGGGCUUGAGGGAGUGAGCAGAAGAGGGUUUUAAUGUGUCACAGCAUCUGUUCUGGCAGUCGUAUGAAGCUUGUUUUGUGACUGAUAAAUCAGGGACAGAGUGGAGUUGCUGUUAAGGAAGAUCCAGUUAAUUGAGCUUGAUGAAAUUGCAAAUUAAAUGAAAUCUGCUCUUGGUUUAGUUUGGCUGCUGAGCAGACUGGAAUGUUAGGUUGGUAACUGGGCCAUUGUUUGCAUUAACAUGUUUUCUUUAGUGUGUUAGACACCGAGGAACCAGCAGUACUCUUGGCAAUAAAUCUGUUCUAUGGGGUAAAAUAAAACUUGCUAUAGUUAUGCAGAUAAAUGCUGCUUAAACUGCAAAAUCAUCUAAAUGUGUACAUCCCAAAUAUUUCCCAAUGAGGCAGUGAAGAGUGAAACUACAAUUUUUUUUUUUUUGUAUGCUUAUUAUGGUAGUUGACUUGGCUUUAUGAGUAGGCUUCCUCUUGGUAAGUAAGCCCAUUAUUUCUUGAGGGCCACUAGAGGGAGCUAUCUUGUACAGUAUGAGGGCAUCAGCACCUUAUCUCAGUAGGACAUAUUAGCUGCUAUGGUGUGUUUCUAAGGGCCCCGUUGAUUUCCUUCCUGUUCCCCAGUUGUUUUUCUUUCCAGCUCUCUUCUGGUAGCACGACAGCCUUCCUGGCCUAGAUUCUACUUGUUGUGAAUAUUGUGUUAUCUCUUUAGCUUAUCUAGCAUUUGAGUUAAAUGCUUGUCGGUCCUGCUCUUAUUUGUGCAAUAGGGGCCAGUAUAAAUUAUCUAGCUACAGCAGUUGAGUAUUUAUGGUACCUGCCUUUUUUUGUUUUGCAUUUUAAUAGAGGAUUUCUGGAAAUAUUUAUCAUUUAAUGCACUAAAUCCAGCCCAGUUUCCUAAAGGGGAUGUGAGGCUUUUAAGUAACUCACCCCAGUCAUUUAUUUAGGGGGCAUCCUAAACAUUCUCUAUGUUCAAAUGAUUGAAACAGGCUUUCUUUGCUGUAAGGUAGCUAAUGUCAAAUUUUUAAAUGCUUUGGAGAGGGGUGGUAUGGUUGUGUUGCAUCAGAGCUCCAAGGUUCCUGUCCGUGUGGUGUACAUGUCCUCCAAAGUUAAAAAAAAACCAUACUGGUAGGUGUAUUCUACUCCUCAGUAUGAUUUAAAAAAAAAAAAGUGUGAAUGAAUUCAGGGAUGGAUCCAGCCUUGUGAUGGACAGACAUCUCAUCUCCAUUAAGGGUGUAUCCCUGCCUGUGGGGUCCACCUCAUCUCUGAUUGAAUGAACAUGAAUGAUUUAGAGAGAAACUCAUUAUUGCUAGGUAUGACGCUAUCAGGGCCUUUUGUACGCUAGGGUAUUUUAAGCACAGUCUGAGCAAUAGUGUGCAUGAUCAUGCAAAUGCUUUGAUUUUUUACAUUUUUAAUGUGCCAUUGUAUAUUUUCCUGCGAAGAUGAUGCUUCUAUUUUUCCUUGUGAUGUCCCUACAAAAAUAAAGGAUUUUGUCUGAGA